AUGUCGUGGAAGCUGGGCAAGAAGCUCAAAGACUCUGGAUCGUCCCUUUUGUCAUCCAGAACAAACUCCUCGAACAAUGCUCCGGCGCCUGCUGGCGGCUCUAGAUCAACCACCCCGACUCCGGGGAAUCCACACCCCGAGCUAUCCUCCACGAAUGCCCCUGUAGCGAGGAGUGGAAUGCUCAAAAUUCGAGUGACGGCUGGAAGAGGCUUGUCUUUACCUCAAGGAGUCUCCAUGCCGGAACCUGUUCAACGUGCUCUCACCUCUCAUCCAUCGUCAGCCUUGUCUUCCUCCUUAUCUACCUCUCCCCGUAUCAACGAUCCUCGUAAAAAUCGUGAUUCCCUCCAAAGACGCCAACUUUGGUGGUUACCAUAUGUCGUUCUGGAAUUCGACAAGAAUGAGGUCUUGGUUGAUGCUCUCGGAGGAGAUCUCUCUAGCCCCGUGUGGAUGUACUCGGCAACUUUCGAUGUCAGUCGAAUAAGUGAUAUUGCCGUGACGGCGUACUUGCGUCAGAGUCAACCGAGCUCCAGAGCUGGAGAGGAUGAAUCUAGGGGAAACGGUUAUGGUAAUGGAGGCGCAGGGGCAGACAUGGGCAAUACAGAUCUGUGCCUGGGUACAGUAAGGUUCACCCCGGAUUUAGAAAGCUCGCGACUGGCAGACGAAUGGGUCACUUUGCAAGGUGGAUCGGGUUCAAUUCAUAUACAAGUAUCCUUCAAACCCGCUCAGGGGCCCCUCACAAUCGACAGCUUUGAGCUGCUCAAAGUCAUUGGCAAAGGCAGUUUUGGCAAGGUCAUGCAAGUGCGCAAACGAGAUACACUCCGAAUCUAUGCCCUGAAAACGAUUCGCAAAGCCCACAUUGUGUCUCGAUCAGAAGUCACCCAUACUCUUGCAGAACGGACCGUCCUGGCCCAGGUCAAUUGUCCUUUCAUUGUCCCGCUCAAGUUUUCCUUCCAAUCUACCGAGAAGCUCUAUCUCGUCCUAGCAUUCGUCAACGGAGGAGAGUUAUUCCACCACUUGCAAAGAGAAGGGAAAUUCAACGAAACGCGGAGCAGGUUCUACGCUGCAGAACUCUUGGAUCUGAAACCUGAAAACAUCUUGCUCGACUACACUGGCCAUAUUGCCCUCUGCGACUUUGGAUUGUGCAAGCUGAACAUGUCUGCGGACGACACCACCAACACAUUCUGUGGAACACCCGAGUAUCUCGCUCCUGAGCUUUUAUCUGGUCACGGCUACUCCAAAUCUGUAGAUUGGUGGACCCUCGGAGUCUUGCUGUACGAAAUGCUGACCGGAUUGCCACCAUUCUAUGACGAGAAUACCAACGACAUGUACCGCAAGAUCCUGUCGGACCCAUUGAGAUUCCCAGAGGAAGUCGGGACAGAGGCUCGAGCCCUUCUCGUCCAGUUGCUUAACAGAGAUCCGGCGAAGCGGCUGGGAGUCAAUGGCGCGCACGAGAUCAAGAACCAUCCAUUCUUCGCCAGGCAUAUAGACUUCUACAAACUCUGGCAGAAGAAGAUCCAGCCGCCCUUCAAGCCGCAAGUGGCAAGCGCAAUUGACACGUCAAACUUUGACGAAGAGUUCACCUCUGAGGUUCCUCAAGACUCUGUAGUCGACGACUCACAUCUGUCCCAGACGGUCCAGCAGCAAUUUGAGGGAUUCUCCUGGAGCGUGUCCCCUUUGGGUGAGAGUGUCGGGCGGUACUAA